AUGCAAAACCAAGCUGUAAACUCCGAAAAUGUUCUCAUCCCACUGAAUGUCGUACGCUGGUUCUUCUAUCGUGAGCAAGAAGAUGCUCGGUCAAUCACCAACCUUCAGAAGCAUAUUUCAUCUCUCGAAAACUCAUUGUAUACUUCAGGGUGGAGAAUGCAGCAUGCAGUUGUCGAAAAAAAUGCCCUAUCGGCCCACUAUGACAAGCUACACCAGGACUACUUGAAACUUUUCGAGGCAUACGAGCUCCUUGAGAAGCGAAUCGACUAUGACGGCCUAGGAAUUACAAAUCUCCCGCCAAAACAGCGCCUGACAUCAGAGGAUAUUAUCACCGAGAACGUGUGA